AUGGCACGACUGGUGCUGCCGCUGCCGACGAAGAGCGCACAUUUCUGGGAUUUAUUGGGUCGCGAUUCAAGAACGCGAUCGAAGAUCGAGAAAUAA